CCGCGCACGCACGCGUUCCGAAUUUCAGCUAUGAGCGAGGGAGGCCGAGGAGGGGCGCGCUCACGGCGUUGUGAAUGAACGAAGCGCGUGACGUCGGCAGACUAAUGUCAACAAUGCAGCGGUCGAGAGUAGGUGUUCCAGUCGAAUGUAGCGAACAGCGCGAGGCUGAGCGGCGCUGGCGCAGGAUCACCGCAAUUGUGGACGCGCGCGCCUCUCCGCGUACUCAGAGCAGCGACAAAAGGGAGCACAAUCGCGGACGUUUCUUUGUCGUCGUUCGGGGGACGAAUCGAGUCGAGUUGCAGCCGCCGGAGGAGGAGUAGCGAGUCACCAUGUGAACGAACUCGGAUGGGGAAACGGACAUUGAGAAGGAAAGGACGAAAACGAUUGCGAGCGGAAUGUCCGUGGAUGAGAAACCUGAAGCCCCCAUGUAUGUGUAUGAGUCAACAGUUCAUUGUACCAAUAUCCUCCUCUGCCUUAAUGACCAGCGGAAGCAGGACAUCCUGUGCGAUGUGACUGUCCUCGUGGAGGGCAAGGAAUUUCGCGGGCAUCGGGCCGUGCUGGCUGCCUGCAGCGAGUAUUUCCUUCAGGUGGCGGUAGGUCAGGCAGAGAAUGGCUUCACGGUCAGCCUUCCUGAAGAGGUCACUGCGAGAGGAUUCGCCCCAUUGUUGCAGUUUGCCUACACGGCCAAGCUGCUACUCAGCAAAGAAAACAUUCAAGAGGUCAUCCGCUGUGCCGAAUUCCUGCGCAUGCACAACCUAGAGGAUUCAUGCUUUCGUUUUCUCGAAGCUCAGCUGCUCGGUGAGGAGAGCCUGCUGCGCUGUCACAAUGCGGCGGCCGAAGCCAUCGACUCAGAGAACGAAAGCAUGCAGUCCGUAGCCGAAAGGCCCUCCUCCCCGAGGAUACGACGCGCCGGCGGUCUCGCCUCCUUGCACUGCCCCGGCGAGGAUCGGCUCGCGAUGACUUUACCGAGUAACUUCACAGAUGGCCGACUGGACUUCGAUCGACGUCGAGGAUCGGACCUGCCGAGAUGUCCUAAGUACAGGAAAUACCAGUGGGCUUGCAACAAGCACAAUAAUGAUUUCUCUUCACACACCAGUACCUCAGGUUUUCCGAGCACAACGAAAGAGAGCAGCAUUCGUGGGGGAGUGUCAGGUCAGGACAGGAUGUCUUUGGCACAGAUCAAAGUUGAACCGCAAGCAGAGGAAGAGGCCAUCUCGUUGUGCCUCUCGGGCGAUGAGCAGGACAUCGGGGAUAAGGAUAGUGAGUCAGCAAUGGAGAUGGAUAAUCCCACGUCUACAGAAAUAAUCAAGAGAACCAAGUCGGCUUCCUGCGUCCAAGCCUUAUUUCAAAAAGGAGUGGACCUCCCCGAUCCACCCAUGACAUCACAGCAGCUCUUUGCCAACAGGCUUGUCUGCCCCCAGGACAAGGGGAACUCUCAGGGAGAUCACAAAAAAGACUUCAGAGCUUUCGCUGGGGAGUUCAGUUUCUCUUUAAUAUCCCCCAAGAACAAAGACAAUUUCGCUGCAGGUCUGUCCCUCAAGUCCACGUCCUGUGAUGAAAUCUGCAAACAGGAGGUUGAGCUUGAUCGACAAAGUGUCAUAUUUUCCUCAGGAGCCUGCAAUCGUCUCGUAACCCCGGCGCAUUCCUACCCUGGUGGGAAUUCGUUUGAGAUGGAGCUCGCCGAGCACUCGCCAAAGGGAAUGCGUCCCGCAGCCAGUCAGUCGCUUCCGACCUCCCAGGGCGAUUCUCCCAGCGCCGCCUCCGCUGAUCCCCAACUACUGUGCCGCCCGCGGCCGAACACCAGCUGCCCGGUUCCCAUAAAAGUGUGCCCGCGCUCACCGCCUUGUGAGACACGCACCAGGACAUCCAGCUCCUGUUCCUCAUACUCCUAUGCAGAGGAUGGCAGUGGAGGUUCGCCAUGCAGCCUGCCUCAGUUUGAGUUUUCGUCCUCGCCUUGCUCCAACAUGGCCCGCUGCCUCAAUGCGGACCAGCAGGAUCCAAGCGUAGGGGGUGUCCUUUUUAACCAGGGGCAACCCAAGAUCAAAUGUGAACAGUCCUAUGGCACAAAUUCCAGCGAUGAGUCGGGUUCCUUUUCAGAGGGAGACAGUGAGUCCUGCGCUGCACAAGAGCGUGGCCCAGAGGUGAAGCUCCCUUUCCCAGUUGAUCAAAUCACAAAUCUUCCACGGAAUGACUUCCAAACGCUGGUGAAAAUGCACAAACUGACCUCAGAGCAGCUCGAGUUCAUCCACGAUGUGAGGCGAAGGAGUAAGAACCGCAUCGCUGCACAACGCUGCCGCAAAAGAAAACUCGACUGUAUCUUGAAUCUCGAGUGUGAGAUCAGAAAACUGGUGUGCGAAAAGGAGAAGCUGCUUACGGAGAGGAACCAACUGAAGGCUUGUAUGGGAGAACUAUGGGAGAACUUCUCCUGCCUGUCCCAGGAGGUGUGCAGGGAUGUCCAGCUAAGCCCUGAACAGGUUCAGUCAUUGCACCACUACUGCCCAGUCCUACGACCGACCAAUUCCACUCCCAGCAAUCACGCUGCCUACGAUCCCAAGCCUUCAAACAGACCCAGCACCACCAGCAACAAGCUCACUGCCUGUUUGGACUCGGCCACGCCUGAAAGGAGCAUUCCUGAUUCUCCUGGCCCUUUGGAGAUCGACUCAGUGAGAAACGGGGAAGACAAAGAUAUGGACAGGCAAUACAUCAACUUGUACACAGAUUCAGGGCUGGCCAUGGAAAAAUACAGUCAUCAGACCGUAACGGUUGAUUUCUGCCAGGAAAUGACAGAAAAAUGUACAACUGAUGAGCAGCCACGGAAGGACUGUACGAAGUAAUAGUAUUUAGUUUUGAAUGUUUCAUGUGGUUUUUUUUAAUUAUUAUUAUUAUUAUUAUUUAAUUAUACUCUCAACAAAACUUCUGUCAGGGUUGUUGAUGCCCAGCUUCUACCAGUGUUCACUUCAAAACAAUAUAUGUCCGUAUUUAUAUUUUUCUUUUUCGUGAACAGUUGACACUAAAGUUGUUCUUAACAGUAGAACUUCCCUGUUCACAAGGUAUUCUCCUCUCUCCUAACGUGGGAGCUUCUCACUAAACCUUUACAAUGGUGCUCGAUGGCCCCAGCAGCAACUUUAGAGUGGAGGCGCGUUCAUGUCUUCACACGUCAUCCACAGCACAAGGAGAGGAACCUCGUUGGAAAAAAAAGGUCUUUCUAUUUUAGGAGAAUAUCCAUAGCUAUUGACCUUUUUUUUUUUUUUUUCUUUUUUUUUUUAACGUUCCCCUUCUUUCUACCAAUCUGGCUCCAUCUGUCUUCACUACCUCUCUCUGGCUCUCUUUUGUGUGCAUUUUCUCUCGCUUUUUGCUGUCAGUGACCUUUUCGUCUACAUCUAUUCAAAUCUCAGGAAAGAAAUACUGAAUGUUUCACAUAAUUCAUGAAAAAUGAGAAUACAGAUUUUAUACAUGCAGACGUUGUCAUGAAAUUAGACUGUAAAAUGGUUAUGCAAAAAAUGUCUUGUAUUUGUAUUUCUGUACAGGCUGUAACAUUCCUUUUUUGCCUUCUUGAGCUCUCAACGGAAAGUUUUUGCUGGCAGAUACAUAUUUUCUCUCUCUAACCAGCAAUACCUUUCAUUGUUUGGAUGUUGACUUUGUGCUUGUUUGACAAAAUGUAUAUAGUGUGAAGCAUGAUUACUGUAUCAGUGACUUUGUGCAGGUGCAGACUUAGAUGAGGUUUUUUUUUUCACCAAGGCUUACAGAGGGCAUCUUAUUGCUGAGGGAAAAUCUUCGCAUUUGCAGUCUCAUAUACAGUGCUGCGAAAAAAGUGUUUGCCCGCUUAAGAUCGUCGGACAAAUGUCACCCGUGUAAAAAUGAAAUGCAUUUUUUCAAUGGGGAUUUUAUUUAUUAAGGGAAAAGAAUAUUCAAAGUCCUGUGUGAAAAACUAAUUGCCCCCCCCCCCCCCCUUGUUAAAUCAUGAAUUAACUGUAGCUAAUCACAUUUUGGAGAAAGGUGAGUUCAUUUUCACUGACCGCACCCAAGCCUGAUUACCUCCAGACUUGUUCAAUCAAGAAAUCACACAAUUACCACCUGUCUGACAAAAUGAAGGCGGCUAAAAGAUUUAUAAAAAAAAAAAAAAAGCUGCAACGAAAUGCCACGAGCCAAAGAAAUUCAAGAAGAGAUUAAAAAAAAUAAAGUAAUUGCCUAUUAUCAGUCAGGACAGGGUUACAAAGCCAUUUCUACAGCUUUAGGACUCCAGUGAACCACAGUGAGAGCCAUUAUCCACAAACGGAGAAAUCGCGGAACAAUGGUGAACCUCACCAGGAGUGGCCGGCCUCCAAAGAUUACCCCAGGAGCACAGCAAUGGCUCAUGCAGGAGGUCACCGAGGAACCCAGGACAACAUCUCAAGAACCGCAGGCCUCCCUUGCCUCGGUUAAGGUUAGUGUUCAUGACUCAACAGUAAGAAAAAGACUGGGCAACAAUAGCAUUGAUGGCAGAGUUCCAAGGCGAAAACCAAUGCUGGCCAAAAAGAACAAAGGGUCAUCUUACUUUUGCAAACAAACCAAAAAUAAUUUCCCAACAAUUUUGGGAGAAUAUUCUCAACCAGCGAGUCAACUUCUGGAUGCCUUGUUAGGUUUCGAGGCGCAAUUACUUUUUCACACACGGUCAGGUAGCUUUGAGUAGUUUGUUUGACUUCAUAAAUAAAAUCAUUUAAAAAGUGCACUUUAGGUUUACUUGGGUUAUCUUUGUCUGACAUUUACAUUUGUUCGAUGAGCUUAUCAUUAAAGUGGGGGAAAUGAUGCAAAAAAAAUAAAAUCUCCAAAAGAAUUUGAGAGAGGGGCAAAUACGGUCGUUUUUCACAGCGCUCUAGCGAAUACCACAAGCAUUGUGGGUGCUCUCAUUUCUCAGGAAAUCGGCUUCACAGACAUAUUUGCAUGCAUACAGACACACAAACACAUUGCUUGGCACAAGCAUGUCAAAAUGGAAGCUCUACGUGGAGCAUAAAACGUACAUGGUUUCAAUACGUGUACAUUCAGUUCUAACCUUUUCAAUAGUUGAAGUGAAAAAGCUGGUGAGGGUUUGAGGAAAGGGGUUUUGCAUACAUGUUUACAUAUUUGCAUACACCGUGUUUUGUGUUUCAGAUGACAUACGACAAAGGCGUAUUAGGGCCACAAUCAAGCGGACGUUUUGCGAGAACAAAGUAAUUGAACAAGAACAAGCUUCAAAUAUUGUCAGCAUAAAAUAACCGUUGCAGUCCUUGAGGAUAGUAUAACUUUCACAAACAAGGACAUUGUUUUAGCACGUCAGUACGAUCGUUAGCUUGACAAGUUUAAUGGGAUGGUACAAAUCUUUGAAUUGGAAAAACUACAUCGACUAUCGCCUUUUUUGUCGGGUUUGUUUGAUUAUUUUUUUUAUUGUUAUUAUUAUUGAUAUUGUUUUGCUUCUGUGUGGCCCUAAUAGUCAUCCGUAUGAAUGGAAUAAACACCACUGACAAGCAAAAAUGCAUAUCCCAAAAAGAGGAAAGUAAUCAUGCAGGCACUUUUCCCAAUCCCUGGCGCCCAACGCGUGUUCGCGGUUCAGUGAUGAUCUUACUCUCGCUUUCAGACGAUCUUAAAAUGUGGGGGGGGGGGGGGAAAUGGGGGCACUUACAGUAAAUAGGCAUUUCUAAACUACCUGUCAAAGCAUCAACAAACCUCUUCGUGUCACCAAGUACCGUCAUUCCCAUUAUUUGUCUUUGUUCAGGAAUUGAAUCAUUCUUAAAUGAACGUGCGUGUUCGCGGCUCAUAUUUAUUGUGCCAAUAUUUCAUAUGCGUGCGUUAUGACGGUCGCUGAAGCCGAGUGAGUUGGUCUCGCAUUUUUCUCUGAGCACUCCUGUCUUUAAAAUGACUUGAGAGCAAUGAAUUGAUUUCAAAGGGAACUGGCUCAAGAGACCGGAUUAUGAAUCGAGUUGGUGGCCGCUUGACAAAACCGUCCAGACAAGGCAUUAGUAGCUGUCGUCGUGAAAUAAAAACGAGAAAUCCAAGUCAACAAGCGUGUAUAGUUUGUUAGGCACAAACGUCACGAAGCCUUUUGCAAAAUCUUUUGCCACCAUUUUCCAAGUGAGAGCAUUGGAUGUUAAAUUCAGAAGAAGAACCAUUCAUAUCCAAUUGGCAAUUAUUGUUAUUUGUUUAUUAGAGCUAUAAUAUAUCCUAUUUUCUAAUACGUUUCCAUUUGUGCCCAUCGACAAAUUAUAACUCAAUUGCCAUCGUAGAAAAUAUUUUCUUGAUGUCAAUGUAAAGAUAUAUAAGGGGAAGUUAAAAAGUAUUUAGCCCGAUUUAAUUUGACCAACUAGUAAUAGAUUUUUUUUGUUCUGAAUUUUGCAUGUUUUGUAGUUUAAUUAAUUGUUUCUUCUUCUUUUCCUUUCGGCUUGUCCCGUUAGGAGUCGCCACAGCGUGUCAUCCUUUUCUCCGGCAUCCUCCUGUCUAAGCCCUCAUGUCUUCCCUCACGACAUCCAUCGACCUUCUCUUUGGUCUUCCUCUCGCUCUCUUGCCUGGCAGCUCCAUCUUCAUCAUCCUGCUACCAAUAUACUCACUCUCCCUCCUCUGGACGGGUCCAAACCAUCCAAGUCUGCUCUCUCUAACUUUGUCUCCAAAACAUCUAACCGUGGCUUCCCGUCUGAUGAGCUCAUUUCUCAUUUUAUCCAACCCGGUCACUCCGAAAGCGAACCUCAUCAUCUUCAUGUCCGCCACCUCCGGCUCUGCUUCCUGUCGUCUCUUCAGUGCCGCUGUCUCUCAUCCGUCCAUCAUGGCUGGCCUCACCACUGUUUUAUAAACGUUUUUCUGUCAAACAACACACCUGACACCUUCCUCCACCCGUUCCGACCUGCUUGGACCCGUUUCUUCACUUCCUGACCACACUCCCCGUUGCUCUGGACGGUUGACCCCAAGUAUUAAAAGUCCUCCACCCUUGCUAUCUCUUCUCCCUGUAGCCUCACUCUUCCCCCACCAGCCCUCUCAUUCAUGCACAUAUAUGCUGUCUUACGUCGGCUAAUCUUUAUUCCUCUUCUUUCCAGUGCAUGCCUUCACCUUUAUCACUGUUCCUCCACCUGCUCCCUGCUUGCUCACAAUGUCAUCUGCAAACAUCACGGUCUACGGGGAUUCCAGUCUAACCUCAUCUGUCCGCCUAUCCAUCACCACUGCAAACAGGAAGGGGCUCAGGGCUGAUCCCUGAUGCAGUCCCACCUCCACCUUAAACUCCUCUGUCACACCUACAGCGCACCUCACCGCUGUUCUGCUGCCCUCGUACAUGUCCUGUAUUAUUCUAACAUACUUCUCUGCCACUCCAGACUUCCGCAUGCAGUACCACAGUUCCUCUCUGGGUACUCUGUCAUAGACUUUCUCUAGAUCUACAAAGACACAAUGUAGCUCCUUCUGACCUUCUCUGUACUUUUCCAUCAACAUCCUCACGGCAAAUAAUGCAUCUGUGGUACUCUUUCCAGCCAUGAAACCAUACUGUUGCUCGCAAAUACUCACUUCUGUCAUGAUCGUAGCCUCCACUACUCUUUCCCAUAACUUCAUUGUGUGGUUCAUCCACUUUAUUCCGCUCUAGUUCCCACAGCUCUGCACAUCACCCUUGUUCUUAAAAAUGGGCACCAGCACACUUUUCCUCCAUUCCUCAGGCAUCUUCUCACGCACUAGAAUUCUAUUGAACAAGCUGGUCAAAAACUCCACAGCCACCUCUCCUAGUUGCUUCCAUACCUCCACACAGGAAUGUCAUCAGGACCAACUGCCUUUCCAUUUGUCAUCCUCUUUAACGCCUUUCUAACUUCCCCCUUACUAAUCAUUGCCACUUCCUGGUCCACCACACUUGCCGCUUCUACUCUCCCUUCUCUCUCAUUUUCCUCAUUCAUCAACUCCUCGAAGUAUUCUUUCCAUCUAUCCAGCACACUGCUGGCACCAGUCAACACAUUUCCAUCUCUAUCCUUAAUCACCCUAACCUGCUGCACAUCCUUCCCAUCUCUAUCCCUCUGUCUGGCCAGCCUGUAUAGAUCCUUUUCUCCUUCUUUAGUGUCCAACCUGCCAUACAUGUCAUCCUAUGCCUCUUGUUUGGCCUUUGCCACCUCUACCUCGCAUCUCAAUGUAUUCCUUUUGUCUCUCCUCGGUCCUCUCCGUGUCCCACUUCUUCUUAGCUAACCUUUUUCCUUGUAUGAUUUCCUGUACUGUGAGGUUCCACCACCAAGUCCCCUUCUCUCCUUUCCUGCCAAAAGAUACACCAAGUACUCUCCUGCCUGCCUCUCUGAUCACCUUGGCCGCAGCGGUCCAGUCUUCUGGAAGCUCCUCCCGUCCACCGAGAGCCUGUCUCAGCUCUUCCCGAAAAGCUGCACAACACUCGUCCCGUCUCAGCUUCCACCACACGGUUCUCUGCUCUGCCUUUGUCUUCCUCAUCUUCCUCCCCACCACCAGAGUCCUCUUACACACCACCAUCCUAUGCUGUCUCGCCACACUCUCCCCUACCGCUACCUUACAGUCGGUAACCUCCUUCAGAUGACAUCGUCUGCACAAGAUGUAAUCCACCUGCGUGCUUCUACCUCCGCUCUUGUAGGUCACCCUAUGUUCGUGCCUCUUCUGGAAAAAAGUGUUCGCUACAGCCAUUUGCAUCCUUGUUGCAAAGUCUACCACCAUCUGUCCCUCCAAGUUCCUUUCCUGGAUGCCGUAAUUACCCAUCACUUCUUCAUCACCCCUAUUACCUUCACCAACAUGUCCGUUAAAAUCUGCACCCAUCAAGACUCUCUCUCUAUCUGGGAUGCUCAGAACGACUUCGUCUAGCUCCUUCCAGAAUUUCACUUUCACCUCUAGGUCACAUCCGACCUGUGGGGCAUAGCCACUAAUCACAUGACACAUAACACCCUCAAUUUCAAGUUUCAGCCUCAUCACUCGAUCUGAUACUCUUUUCACCCCCAAGACAUUCUUAGCCAACUCUUCUUUUAAAAUUACCCCGACUCCAUUUCUCUUCCCAUCUCCACCAUGGUAAAAGAAUUUGAACCCUGCCCCUAAACUUGGAGCCUUAGUGCCUUUCCACCUGCUCUCCUGGACACACAAUAUAUCACCCUUUCUCCUAGUCAUCAUGUCAACCGACUCCCGAGAUUUUCCUGUCAUAGUCCCAACAUUCAAAGUUCCCACAUUCGAUUCUGGGCUUUCUGCUUUCCUCUUCUCUUUCUGCCGAAGAACCCGCUUUCCACCUCCCCUUCGUCUUCGACCCACAGUCGCUGAAUUUCCACCGGCGCCCUGCAGGUUUAUGGUGCCGGGGGCGGACGUUGGUAACCCGGGUCAGGACCAAUUCGGUAUGGAAUUCUUUAGAUGAACGCUCAUAUUUGUUUGGCAAAGUUUUAAGCCGGGCGCCCUUCCUGACGCAACCCUCUGCAUUUAUCCGGGCUUGGGAGCGGCCUACAGUCUGCACUGGCUUGUGCCCCCCAUAGGGCUGCAUUAGUUUAAAAUAAUUGUUUGAAGGUUUAUUUAUUUAUUUAUUUAUUUUAAGUUUUGUUUAAGCCUGGCCGCUUCCUAUCAAGCCAAUUUGGAAAUGACAUCAUUUUUGGAUGCCCGCUAGAAGCAGGGAGCUGUGAUUGAAUUUCUCGCUUUGGGAGAGGAACCACCAAUAAACCUUUUCUAAAGGUUGCAAAGUGUGCAUGGGGUCGAUUGAUGUCAUGUAUGAUCGUCUCUGAUCAGUGCUAAGACCCUGGCACUAUUCCCAGGAUGAACCGCUGAAGAUGGUCCGCCGCUCCUUCGCUUGUCACGGGAGUCCUUCGAAGCAGGCUCUUGUUCUUCACCUUCGUAGCUUCCGCCAGUGUUGCAGCAGUUACCUUGAAAAGGUAACUUAGUUACUUUCCUGAUUAAUUGAGCUUCAAAGUAACUUAGGUACUUGACUGAUGACUUGAUUUCGAAAGUACCUAAAUUAGAAAAAAGUAACUUUUGAGUUGCUUUCAGCAGCUGCCAAGUGGCAGGACUAUCACUUAUCCGCAGUACAAAAAAAGCGUUAGCGUAACCGUCCCCGUUACUUGGGAACGUACGCCACACAAGUUACAGAAUGAUGUCAUCAACAUGAACAAAUAACUGAAAUAUGAGUGUAGAUGAAGCCACAUUAAACGAGCAACAGCUAAAUCAAAGUAACUGUAAUCUGAGUACUCUAAUAUCAAAAGCAACACGUUAGAUUAGUUAUGACGUCACCGGACCGCAUUUUGGGAGUAACGUGUUUCUCAGCGUUAGCGGCAUUACUGGCUUCCGCGUACACGUUUUGCAACCUUAUGAAAAGGUUGCGGUUCCUCCCCCAAAGCUAGAAAUUCAAUCGCAGUCUGCGCUGUGCUUCUGACGCGCUUCCAAAAAUGACAUCAUUUCCAAAAUGGCUGGCAGGAAGAGGACAUGCUUAAACAACACUUUUUUAUUUUUAUUUUUUUUUUUAUGAAUAAACCUUCAAACAAUGAUUUAAUCCAACUAUUAGUAGGUUAAAUUAAGUUGGGCUGAUUACCUUUUGACGGACCCUCGUUUUUAUCUAAAAUUCACAUCUUCAAAGCAUAUAAUGCGUAAUUAGAGACUUUGUCUUCCGAGUCAUGAAUAGAUACACUUGUGAGAAACGCAACAGUGUGGACGCUACAGUAAGUCGGUCCCAGUCUUGUCCAGUCUGUUCCAGGUGCUCAGUUAAUUUCCAUUCUUUUUUUGGGUUUGAGACUUUGGAGCGUCAUUCUCAAUAAUUCAUACUCAAUCCAUCCACAGGUGUUAAGUGGUUUCCAUGAGGAUGCACUGGUUUUGCAAUUAUUAUGUGACUUUCUUUCUCAUCGUGUAUUUUUAUUGACAUCAACUGCAAAAGUGUUGUUUAAAAUGAAAGGUGUUCGAACGUGAGAGUUGACCUUUGGACGUCUUAGUCACAUACUCCGAAAUUGCUGACUGUCACAAUUGCCUUUUGACUUCAGUGGCGAUCAUUCCAAUAUUUUUGUUGUCCAUACAGUCAGUAGAUUAUUCAGAUAGCAUCUCACAGUGACAAAGAAUUGUCACAAUGUGUUUUUUUUUUUUGUAUAUAUAAAGCUAGAUUAACUUUCAGCGUUUUUGGAUCUGUUUUGAGAAUUUUCUGCGGGCGGGAUUUUUUAUCUCACUGAAAUUCGAACUCGUGUCUCUGAACUCGAUGCCAAAUCAAUGCAAUAACCGCGUUAAGGGCCGGUGUCUGAUACAUGCGUUGCUGCAAAAAGCACCUCUCUCGGCUUUGGCUCAGUAGGUGGAGCGGGUCGUCCGGCGACCGAAGGGUCAUUGGUUCAAAUCCCAGUUACGGCCGUCCGCGUGUUGAAGUGUCCUCGGGCGAGACACUGAAGCCUAAUUCGCCGGGUGAAUGUGAGGUUUUGUAAAGUGCUGUGAUGGUGUAGCUAAAGUGCCAUAAAAGUGCAGUCCAUUUACCAUUUCAACUCUCGAAAGGUUAUACAGGAAGAAAAAAAACAAAACGAAACGAAAUCUAAAACUGCAAUCCUGGUUGGAGGGAGACGCUGUGACUAUUGAGCAAAGUAUCGAAAUGUUUACAUGAGUAGCUUUCAAAAUACCUUAGAAUUUCGGCCGGGGAAAAUUGCUCGAUUCAAUUUGACUUUGGUUUCCGAUUUUGGUGUGAAGAGACGAGCUCGUCUUAAUGGGAUGGGUCAGCGGGGUUCGCGACGCGGAUAUGCUAUAAGCGCACCUCCAAUAUACAGUGGAUAUAUAUAUAUAUAUAUAUAUAUGCCUUAGAACUUGCAGAGGCCACAGUUCACAUCCAAAUGAAGUGAGUGUAUGCAGGGGCCUUGACCCCACCCCCAAGUCACCAGUGCAACUUUCUCACACUGACCUACCUGUGAAAUGACUCAUACCUCUCGUAACUGCUCACUGACUGUAUCAACAAACUGCAUCAGGUGUUUUUCUACAUGGUUUUUACUCAGAUUAUAGGGACUAUUGUUUACUAGCAGGUUUUGGUGCAUCAUUUAUUGUCAUAACUUGUAGUUUAAAUGACGGUAUUUUUCUAGUUUUGUGUUGCUGGUGUCCAUUUAAAAAAAGGCUGUAAUGUGCUUAUUCUCUCCAAGUAUUGUUUUCAUUUUAUAAUGCUAAAUGCUGUCACAAUUUGACAACAUUGUAAAUAUAUUGUGAAGAUGGAAUUCAUUUUAAUUAGCAGUUGUACAAAUUACAGUACUGUACCUUUUUCCUUUGUCUAUACACCAUUUCGCUUGAUGAAAUAAACAUGCAUAUCACUGCUGUUUUUACACAACUUUAUACCUGUCCAUCAUUACUUAAGUCAUUUUUGUUAGUUUUUAAAACUCAAUGAGUCGUAACGAAGAGGUAGUUCCUUCGCUCCGUCAUCGUGUUUUUGCCCUGAGCAUUUAUUUUGCAACAUGUUCAUUCAUUGUGUUAUAAAGUUGUGAGUAUACGAAUUUAAACGCAGCCCUGAUAUAUUUGUGGUGUAAUGUGUUUUGGGAUUUGGGGAAUCCUAGUCCUGCAAAACUACAAUACAUUUGAAAUGAAACAACAAACGUUAUUAAAAACACUAACUGUGGGCAGGAGGCCGGCUUGCUAACCAUUCGCAAGGCACAUAUACAAAAAUCACCACGGGCACUCCCAUUCAUACCUACGGACAAUUUAGAGUCUUCAAUUAACCUACCGUGCAUGUUUUGGGGAUGUGGGAGGAAACCGGAGUACCCGAAGAAAACCUGGGUCCUCAGAACUGUGAGGCGGAUGCGCUAACCAGUCGUCCACUGUGCCGCCCGCUUUACGUGAAUUAU